GUUUAACAGAACUCGUGAAUUCGAACUCAGUCUUAUACUCGUAGCAUCGGUUAAAUUUAUAUAGAAUUUUGUUUUUAUGAUUGAUGUAAUGACAUAUAUUGACAUGUCAUUUUCCGUUUCUUUCAGAUCCCAUGUGAGUCUCUCUUGAAGGACGAGACCCUCCAACCAUAAGCCAGACAAGUUGAUUGUUCACACACUCUCUCUCUCACUUCAAUUCUAUAGUUAUAUUCUUGCUCAUGGUUUUUUAGCACCACCACAAAGUGGUUUUCAUUGAGAGAAUUUUUCUCUUUUCAAUGGUGUUUUAGAAAAUGUUGCUAUUAUCUUUGAAGGCAAUGAAGAGACAAAUCCAUAAGGAGGUGCCUAAUCUCUUGUGGGGUUAAAGGCUAAAGCUAAAAAGUUUCAAGCUUAUGAUUUGCAAGGGUUGCUUUCAAGAGAGAAAAAAGGAGCUUUUUUUGGAUGGUCCCUGGUGUUUUUGAGAAGCUUUUACAAUUUGCUCACAAGGUGUUUGUUAUUAUGUCUAAGAGGUAUUGGUUUACAUUGAAAUUGAAUUUUAGUCAAAGGAAUAUCCAGAUUUGCAUGUUUGAGUUCAAAAUCUUUGCAUAAGGGUUUGGAUUAAGUCAAUUACCCAAGUAAGCAUUUUUUUCAUUUUCCAAUUUUCUUGUAUUCCAUUGCUCUAUUUGACAUGACUAGAUUAGAUGUUAAUCAUUUUGGCCAAUGAACAUCAUUGGAGGUCAAGAAAGUUGUGUUUUAACUCUUUGAUUUUUACCGAAAGGGCGACUGACCAACCUGGUAAUCCGGAGUUCGGCUGAGAAGUAUGUACCGUCGUUAGAUUCAAAUUUUGAUUUUUAAGUUUGAUUUGAGAACAAAGAUGAAAUCUUUGAGUAGUGUAGGACUUGGUCUUAGUAUUGUUUUUGGUUGUCUUUUAUUGGCUUUAGUAGCUGAAGUUUACUACUUGUUAUGGUGGAAGAAAAAGAUAAUCCAUAGAGAGAUUGAAAAUGAUUAUGGAAAUGGAAACCCUUUGAAAGAGCUUUUCUAUAUGUUUUGUUGGAAAAGGCCAUCAUCAUCAAGUUCUAUGAGACACACAGGUUUUACUCCACCGGAGCUUUGUUCUUCAAUGAGAACGAAUGACAAUUUUGUCCAUGACCCUCAAGUACAAACUAGCAAAGAGUUUCUAUUCAAGCCCUACGGCGAAGAUUCCGUCGAAGCUGAAUACAUGAUGCAACAUCAUCUUCACGACGACGGCGUUUUAGGUCAUCCGAGAAUUUUAUUCACAAUAGUCGAAGAAUCAAAAGAAGAUUUGGAAUCAGAAGAUAGUAAAUCUAGAUGUGAAAACAAAAGUGGAAAGGAUUCAAGAAGCUUAGGCGAUUUGUUAGAUGUUGAAACACCAUAUUUGACUCCUAUUUCAUCUCCACAUUUUUUCACUCCUACUUUCACUCCUAACGUCAAUGUUAGUCCCUAUAAUCAACACGGAUUCAACCCUCUUUUCGAAUCAACAACCGAUGCAGAGUUCAAUAGAUUAAAGUCGUCACCUCCUCCGAAAUUCAAGUUCUUACAAGAAGCCGAAGAGAAGCUUCGAAGAAAAAUGCAAGAUAACAACAACAACAACAACAACAAGGGUUUUAACGGAAACGAAGUUGAUGAUUCUCUCAUUACAAUCGUUGUUGACAAGAGUUACGAAAGAGAGGUUAAUCAUAAUCAUCAAUCUCAUCUACAACAGUACCAUUCAAGCACAUCACAGGUACUUCCCCUAGCCUCUUGACACAUUCAUCUCUCAACCGAAUUUGAAUCUCCUACCACUGUUGCACGGUGCUGUAGUCGUAGAGAGGAUUAGAUUUAGAGAGGGAAAAUUUCAGCUAACACCGGAGUUCUGUCGAUUAAUUAAGAGUCUGUUUAAUUGUUUUUCUUCCUUAGUUAAUCUUCCUAAUUACAUUGUGAACAAUUCCACUUUUUUUUUAAGUUUGGAAUUUGUUUUUUAAUGCAGCUAUAGUUAAAUCUGCCAAAUGAUGUACUCAAAUGUUUCAAAAAAAAUGGAACAAUGAAUGUUUAUUAAAACUUC